CAGCGACCUUGACCCUUGCACUUAGUUGAAAUUUUCAAGGAUCAAACAAAUAAACUGCAUUAAUUCCGAUUUUAGACAUUGUCAUAGCAAAAUCUGUUUUAAAUCGUCGCCUGUUAAAUAGCUUUAUUCAGGACAGCAAUGGAGGUCGAGGUAUUAGAUGGCAGAACAAGCAAGAGACUUGGAAUUCUUAACAAUUUGUCGGCAUCUUCUUCUAUCAGGGAUGUAAAAAGAGAAUUCCAGAGAAUAAAAAGGUCCAUGUACGCUGACAGACAGUCCUUUAGGAUAGAACCAAGAGGAAAAGCCCUGAAAGAUGAGGAGUUGCUUGAGAAUAUUGGAUUGAAAGAUGGAGGGAAAAUCUACUUUAAGGACUUGGGACCGCAAGUUGGCUGGGCAACUGUCUUCCUUUGUGAAUAUGCGGGACCAUUAGUAAUUUACCUCCUGUUUUACUCAAGGCCUGCAUUGAUAUAUGCCUCUGGACCCCUUGCCACGCGUGCUACUCAUAUUGCUGCAGCAUGCUGGAGCCUUCACUAUGCGAAGAGGUUGCUUGAGACUUUGUUUGUCCACCGAUUCUCCCAUUCCACUAUGCCGAUCAGGAAUCUGUUUAAGAAUUGCAGCUACUAUUGGGGAUUUGCUGCAUUUGUAGCCUACUACGUGAACCACCCAUUGUACACACAACCAAAGUAUGGUGACCUCCAGAUCUAUGGUGGUUUAGCAGCAUUCCUGAUCAACGAACUGGGUAAUCUCUCUUGUCAUGUUGCCUUCAGGAACCUGAGGCCCCCUGGUUCCAAGGAAAGAAAGAUCCCAAGGCCAACAAGCAACCCAUUUACAUUCAUGUUCAAUUUCGUUAGUUGUCCAAACUAUACCUAUGAAGUUGGAGCCUGGCUGAGCUUUUCUGUUAUGACACAGGCUGUACCUGCACUGCUCUUCACCUUCUUAGGGUUCUACCAGAUGUCGGUCUGGGCAAUCGGUAAACAUCGCAACUAUCGAAAGGAAUUCAAGGACUACCCAAGACGUAAGGCUAUCCUGCCAUUCCUCCUUUAAAUCGUUAGUAAAGAGCCGAAUGUAAUCAAACAAUUGAUAAAUUAUCUUGAAAUCCAGUCAGCAAUAGCAAAAAUCUUGCUAGUUGCUGUCAAAUGUAGAAUUUAAUAUGAUCUUUAAGUUUAAAGACUUCAAAUUAGAGCCAGUCCUCGGCCUGUUCAGUUUUCAUGAUAGUCAGGUCACAUCUCUUAAAAUACGAUUAACAUUUCAAGACUUAAAAUUGUCAGAUGUCUUGUUAUGAGGUCUCCAUUAUAAAUGUUUAUCAUAUCGAUCAUUGAACAGUUUUUAUCAUUCCAAAUAAAUUGCAGAAUGUUCUGAAA